AUCUUUUUGGUUUUGGAUCCAGUGGAAGACCAAUUUUCAGCAAUUAUGCUCUGGAAGCUGAAAGGCAAAUGGUUAAAUCCAUUUAGGCUUUGGUUACAAUGUUGUUGGGUUCAAGACAUUUUGUUCUUGUUGGACACAGCAUGGGUGGUUUUCUUGUUUCGGCUUACGCCCUACAGCAUCCCGAACGAGUUGCGCACCUAAUCCUGACAGAUUGUGGAUGUCCAACGGGCGAAACGUUCUUCCACCAUACGAUCAUGGAAAGGAGCAAUUAUCAGUGUGUGAAAUACCCAAUGGUAAAUCGCCUCCCUGCACUAGAGCCAGAUAUUCCUAUGAGUUUCAUCUACGGAGUGAGCUCAUGGAUUGUAAGGGAGCCGGGGCGGAUUGUCAAGGAGAGAAGGAUCGUAUCGAUUGUAAACCUCCAUGUAAUUACUGGGGCCGGCCACCACGUGUACUCAGACACCAAACAAAAAUUUAAUGAACUUGUUUUGGGAGCAUGCAUGGAGACUGAUCAUAGAAGGUCAGCUGCAGCCACUGUCGGAGUCGGGCAUCACUUACCACCAACCGCGAGCGCGCUCUGAGCUUUCCGCUCAGUCCCUCAAAGUGAGCGCGCCUCCAGCUCAAGCUCACCACAUUUUUUUUUAAGUUGCUAUUUUUUUGCCCAGUCCUUCUCUGGGGCUGUGGCCAACUUCCGUCGGCUUCCAGCUUCGUCCGUGACCAGUCACGUUCCUCAUUUUUUAUCCCGGGACGUUGAAUUUUUUCGUUUUACUGUUGUGCGAGGUGGGC